AUGGCACGAGUUUUACGCAUUUGCAUGCUCAAUGCCGAUGCACCGGUGCCUGCCGUGGCCGCCGAGCGUGCCCCCACCUAUGGGCGUAUCUUCCACCAACUUCUUUCUUCCGCAGCUAUCAAGACCAAGUUAUCAGGCGCUUCCUUGGAUUCUGCCAUCCAUAUCACGUCUACGGACUUCGACGUCACAAAGAACGAAUACCCCGCCUCGAUAGCAGAUUUCGACGCUGUCAUCAUCUCUGGCUCCGCGAAUUCGGCCUACGAUGAGCUACCCUGGAUACGCAAACUCGCAAGAUGGACGAAGGAGUUAUAUGAAAGAGAACCAAGCGUGAAGAUAUUCGGCAGCUGUUUCGGUCACCAAUUGGUGUGUCAAGCUCUCUUAGGAGAUCAUGGUGUGAAGGUGGAGAAGCAUCCGGAAGGCUGGGAACUUGGGGUAAAAGAGAUCACAUUGCAUCGGCAAUUCUACAACGAAUUCUUUGGAGAUAAAAGAGGCAGGGGAGAUGGGUAUGGCGAGAAGAUGAGGUUGCAGUUCGUGCAUCACGAUCAUGUUGUCGUUCCGCAUGUAGAAGCGCUGCCGGGGUCCUGGACAACGAUGGGGAGCACUCGGCAUUGUACUAAUCAGGGCAUGUACGAACCUGGUCGUGUCCUCACAUUCCAGGGUCACUUCGAGUUUGAUCGCUUCAUCAACAGUGAAACAAUCAAGUAUUUCUUUCCGAAUUGGCAGCCCAAGGUCUUGGAAGAGACGCUCGAUGCCAUCGAUGCGGAUGACGACUCUGUGGCAGCAGCUGGAGUUGUCCUAAAAUUCCUC